CCACAACAACCCAUCAGGAAAUGUUCAAUACACACUCCUUAUUUAUAGCCCCAUUUUUCUCUUUCUCCUAGCCAAGUUGGCUUCCUUCCAAUUAAUCCGCGGGCUCUCACGCAAAGCCUUUCGCGGAAGUGUUGCUCCAUCCUCGAUUUGCCGCUCUUCAAUUUUUGCGCGCUCCAUUAGCAGGAACAAGCCUCCUUCCGCUCGUCGCCCUUCAGCUGAAAUUCUUUCGCCCCGCAAAUCCCACCUUCAGAGUCCGCCCGUCGAAAAACCUAUCAUAUCCUCUCCGUCAACCCGGGGCGCCAGAGCAUACAAUCCGAAGCCGUUGAAUCCAGGGACCUACGUAUUUCGCGCACCAAGAAUUCGGUCGAGAAGUUGGAAAUCUCGGCCAAACUAUUUGACAUACAACCCUUCCACCUAUAAACUUUCAGGUCUCGAAUUCUUGCCGAGCCCGUCCACUGGACUUCAACCCAUGAAAGUCCACUAUCAGGUCGUGACGACCCCAACCGCCGAUACCCCCGGCACAUCCCUCAUCCUCAACUUCCCGGACAAGCGCUAUUUCUUCGGGCAACUAUCUGAGGGUACCCAGCGGGCUUGUGGGGAACGCGGUAUUCGACUUCCAUAUCUCACUGAUGCAUUCAUCACGGGACGGUCGGAGUGGAAGAAUAAUGGCGGCUUGAUCGGCAUCAUACUUACGCUGGCCGAUACACUUGGCAACUCGAAUGCUGCCCAGGAAGCCAGCAUCCGUGAGAAGGCAGAGCGUCGGGCCCAGGAGGGGAAGGCGGAACAUGGCAUGGCUCUCGCGGUGCACGAUGGAGAGACGGUGGUACAACGAGGCACACUGACACUUCAUGGGGCCCCCAAUCUGGCGCACACGUUAACCACUGCUCGGCGGUUCGUUUUCAGACAGGGGAUGCCAGUAUUCGCAAAGGAAUAUGGCUCCGAGAGCAGGCCUAAAGACGCCUCGGUUGGUGCGGAAGAUCCCUUCAAGCAGCCGGCGUGGUCGGAUAACAAUAUCAAAGUCUGGGCCCUGCCUAUCCGCCCUUCUUCGCAGCCUCAGUCAGAGGAACCCUCCUCGGGGAGUCCGCAAAGUCCUAGGAAGAGGAGCCUCGAUGAAUUCCAAGAGAGCAAAACGGAGCAGCCUGAGUUGGACUCCCGCACCAAGGAUCAGAUAACCAGGCAGUCGAUCAUUACCGACAUGUUUAACUCGUCUUGGAGGAUGGACGCUCUUGUGGAGACCCCCCUGGCAGAAGUUCAAAUGCCCGCAGCGAUGUUUGUCCGCAAUCCGGAAACGAAGUCAUUCGAUUUGUAUAAGGGUCCUGCGCCAGGAAGCGAUGAACCUCUGCCCGACAUCAAGGUCUUUGUACGACAGCCUUGGCCCGGCGCGGCUGUGGAAAAAAUCCCGCCCACGUCGCCGUGUGACGAAGCACUCUCGUAUGUCGUGCGAAACCAUGAUUUCAGAGGCAAAUUCGAUCCUAAAAAGGCCCUGGAGUGUGGAGUCAAACCUGGCGCGGAUUUUGGAAAGUUGACGCAAGGCGAAACCGUGCUCUCCCAAGACGGUAAGGUCGUCACGCCAGAUAUGGUCCUUGGACCGCCACGACUGGGCAAGGGAGUGGCAAUCAUUGACCUCCCAAGCGCCGAUUACGUUGAAAACUUGGUCAAUCGACCGGAGUGGAAUUCGCCCUCUGUGGCGACGAACCUCGAAGCUUUUGUUUGGAUUCUUGGUCCCGGUGUCGGGGAGCACCCCAAACUCCGCGAGUUUGUGGCACGAAUGUCUCACUGCAAGCACACUGUGUCUAGCACCGACUAUAACCCAAAUUACCUGUCAAUGCGAGGGGUUUCGGGCUCGCAGGUGCGGAUGGCACGAAUAAGACGCGAAAACCAUCCCAUUCCUAUCCAUGACAAUGUUACCCUUCCGCAACCUGGAACCUCUACAGCUAAACCGACGACUACGACGGAAGCUCGCAAAAACUCGUCAUUUGAGCCUCUGGAACCUGGGCUUCUCAUCGACGUGGAGCCUAAUUUUAAGAUCAACCAUUCGGAAGUUGCACCACGGUUCAAUGCUUUGAGCGCAGCUCAGAAUAUGCCAGUCGCUGUGGAGAAACGUUUGGCAACCAUCCGGAAACGUGUCCAGAAACAUGAUUUUCAAAGUCGAUUGGACAGCUUUCGACAGAAUCUCCCCGGGUGCGACGCGGAGGUCAUUACAUUGGGGACGGGCUCAUCGGUGCCGUCCAGGUAUCGCAACGUCUCGAGUACUCUUGUCCGGGUGCCCGGAUUUGGUUACUAUUUACUCGACUGUGGUGAGAACACAUUGGGCCAGCUAAAGCGCGUGUUCGAGCCCGAGCAGCUGCGAGAGGUUCUGCAGAACCUGCGAGCCAUAUGGAUUAGCCAUCUUCAUGCGGACCACCAUCUAGGUACUGCCUCCGUCAUCCGGGCCUGGUAUCAAGAAAAUUACCCCAACGGAGCUCCCCAAACCAGCGAGAUUGAGACCGACAUGUCCAAAAUCCUGAAAGAGAAACGCUUGUUUCUAGUGUCCGAGAAAAUGAUGGUCGAGUGGCUCGAGGAGUACGCCGGCGUAGAGGAUUACGGCUUUGGCAAAAUCGUGCCCUUGAGGCCCGAUACGUUUUUGGAGGAUGGCGUGUACCAGACCCGGCUUACCUACCGUCACUGCCGUGCGGACGGCUCCUACCCAGGGUACGACACCGAUGGCGGAGAGCCCGAAACUACGACUCUCAGCUUCAACGAGAAACUAUCUCCCCUGGCACCUCUCCUCCGGGAAGCCACCGGGCUCUCCGAAAUUUUGACCGCGAAAGUGGCUCACUGCAAGGGCGCCAGGGCUGUCUCCCUCGUCUUCCCAGACGGAUUCAAGGUCUCGUUCUCGGGCGAUUGCCGACCCUCUCCAUCCUUUGCUUCCAUCGGCCUUGGAUCAACGGUCAUGAUCCACGAGGCCACGUUCCAGAAUGAUAUGGCGGGAUCGGCUCUGGCCAAAAAACACUCCACGGCUGCCGAGGCUAUCGAAGUGGGCCGUUUGAUGCAAGCCCGAUCGAUCAUCCUCACCCACUUCAGUCAGCGAUACCAGAAAAUCUCGCAUGUUGAACGAGACAAUCCUCGCCUCGUGGUCAAAGAUGGAGAGCAGACUGAUCAAGCACCCGAACAACUGGAAGAACUGGACGACGAAGACCCCUCCAUGGCUCAAGGCCGGGACUGCAUGCCUCCCGUGCAGUUCGACAGCAACUUUAAGCCCCAGCAGAGACCGGUGAACGUCCCGGUGGUGGGAGCCUUCGACUACAUGCGCAUCCGCAUUGGUGACAUGCCUAUCACCCAGGCCUAUGCUCCCGCGAUCGAUAAGCUUAGCCAGAUCUUUGAACGCGUCUCUGCCGAGGAGUCAGAGAAACACAAGCAGGAACUGGAACUGCAGGCCGCUGAAAUCAUGCGGCAGAAAGCAGCCAAGCACGCCAAACAUUCCAAGAAGGGCAAAAAGGGUAAGGAGGCUGUUGAAGCCCCUGAACCUGCGCCGCCGGCGCCCGCCACUGAUGUCGAUAAGAAACCGGAGCCGAAACACUCUGCCUGGAGUGCCAGCGAGAGUGAAAGCGGAUGGAGCACCAGCGGCGAUGAAGCCGAUCUCGAGCCUCGUCCGGUGACUCCUCGCCGAAAAAGCACCCCCACGAGCUACAGCCCGCCCAUGACCAGAUCUCGGUCGAAGAAGUCGCGUGCGUGAAGCACGCUCUACGAGAGCGGAGAAGUAUGCAAGCCUACUUUUGUUACUGGCUUUUGAAUGUAUAGAUAGAUCGCCCAAAAGCGUAAUUAUACCUUUGCUAUUAUUACCUGAUAGAGGUUUGGUUUACAUGCAUUCUUGCUUCUAUGUUUUAUCUUUCAUUCCUUGUGAAUUUCUGGUUCUUCCGGUGUGUGUAUAAAUAGGAUUGAUUGGUGUUUCUAUGGCCGAUACUGGGAUUCAAUAUAGAUUCUUCACUAU